GGAACGGCCUCGCAUCCGUCUCUCCACCUUGGACAUGGCCAGGCUGCAGGGGCUGCCGGACGGCACGCUGGGCCGAGAGUACGUCCGAUUCUUGGAGGACAACAAGGUUUCUCCAGACACCCGGAUGCCGCCUAAGUUUGUUGAUGAUGAAGAGCUGGCGUACGUGAUCCAGCGGUACCGAGAAGUCCAUGACCUGAUGCACACCCUCCUGGGCAUGCCAACCAACAUGCUCGGCGAGGUCGUGGUGAAGUGGUUCGAAGCCAUCCAGACGGGGUUGCCCAUGUGUGUCCUGGGAGCAGCGUUCGGCCCCAUCCAUCUCAGCGCACGAAAGCUGCAGGUCCUGGCCACCGAGCUGGUCCCCUGGGCGAUUCGGAGUGGGCGCAACGCCAGCUGUAUCCUGAACAUCUACUACGAGCAGCGCUGGGAGCAGCCAGUGGAGUCCCUGCGAGAGGAGAUUGGCAUCUUCCCUCCCCCGGCUGUUCGGGUGUGA